AUGAAUUUGUUGUUGCAGGACCCAUUUCAAGUGUUGAAGGAAUACCCGGAAAGAUUAGUACACACAAUCAAUGGACCUGUGAAGACUACUACCAUUGCAUUCUCACACAAUGGUGAUUAUUUAGCUACAGGGUGUUUAGAUGGUACUAUAAUCAUAUAUGAUAUGGAUACAAUGAAACCUGCCACAGUGUUGAAUGGACACGUAAGAGCUAUUCAACGAUUACAAUGGGGUCCCCAUGGUGAUUUACUUUUAAGUAGUAGUAGAGAUAUGACUGUAAAAGUUUGGGAUUUAAAAUUAAUCGGUAAUAAAUUUGAUAUUGUUACACCAAUUCAUGAUUUAAAAUUUAAUGGACCAAUAUGGGGUGCACAUUGGAUUAAUGAUAAUUUAAUUAUUGUAAGUAUAUUAGAAGAAUCGUUUGCAAUGAUGAUUGAUCUUAUUACAGAAAGAAAAUCUUUUUUAAAUAUUGAUAAUGAUACUCCGUUAGAUCAAGGUUAUGUUUUAAAUUGUGAAUUAUAUCCAUCAUCAUCACCAUCAUCACAACAAGAUGAUAGGAUUAUACUUACAGGAAGUUCAAAAGGUUGGAUUAAUUUUUUCAAGAUUAAAGAUAUUGAUACUUAUGAACAUUUAUUUGGAACAAGAGUUUGCUCAUCAAAUAUUAAACAUCUUCUAGUUUCACAAAAUGGUGAAAGAUUAGUAGUAAAUUGUUCAGAUAGAUCAAUUAGACAAUAUCAUCUCAAUAUGGUGAAUCCAAUUGAAUUAACUUUAGAACAUAAAUACCAAGAUGUUAUUAAUAGAUUACAAUGGAAUGAUAUUAAAUUUUCUAACCACGCAGCCGAAUAUCUUGUUGCAUCACCUCAUGGUAGUUCUACUCAUGAAUUAUAUUUAUGGGAGACUACAUCUGGUUCAUUAGUUAGAGUUCUUGAAGGGGCAGAAGAAGAAUUAAUGGCAAUUGAUUGGGAUUUUAAAGGUAUGAAAAUUGCUUCAACUGGUUUAGAAACUGGUGAUAUAUAUUUAUGGUCACUUGUUAUUCAACCAAAAUGGAGUGCAUUGGCUCCAGAUUUUGAAGAAAUAGAAGAAAAUAUUGAUUAUCAAGAGAAAGAAGAUGAAUUUGAUGAUGAUGAUAUUGAUGACGAAAAUGAAAAUAAGAUUAUUUUAACAAAGGAAGAAGAUACUCCAAUUGAUUUAAUUACAAUGGAUCCAUGUGAUGUUAGAGGCAAUGAGCAAGUACCUUCUUUCGUCUUACCAAUUGAUUAUAAAAGUAUCUUAAUGGUUCAAAGGUUGUAA